AUGCAUCAUGCUAAUUCAUCAUGGGAUGUCGAUCAAACGCUUCCUGGUCCUCUCAUUCGAGCAAAAUUUGCUGAUCGACUUCGUAUUCAUAUUACUAAUAUGUUACAUGAUCAAUCGACAGCUAUUCAUUUUCAUGAUCUUUAUAUGAUUAAUAAUCCAUGGGCUGAUGAGGAACAUUUUGGUAUCAUUCCCCAUAAUGUUCAACAAUAUGCGGAUGGAUUAAUAGGUCCAAUUAUACUUGAUCAUGGUGGUAUUGAACAACGAUAUAAUUAUGGAUCGAACGAUUAUGUUAUUAUGUUACAAGAAUAG